GAGUCCUAUUCUCUCUCGAUCUUCUAAGAAGGGCAUUUUCCGUAAAUACCAACCAAAUACGUGCCUCUUUUCGCUGUUUCCCCUUUCUCGGAUAACCACUUAACAAAACAAACACGCCUAACCCUACUUUGCCCCUUUUUAGCCGCCCCUCUUUUUUCAAUCUCGAUCAAUCUUUCCUCAAAUUCGUCUUCUUCUCUGUACUCAAUCCCUAAAUUGAUCCCAGAUCCAAUCAAUUCGUCUUCUCACCUACCGAUUGAUCCCAGUUUCGACCUUGGCCGUUUACCCUAUCGAUUUGUAGGGUUAGGGUUUGAUUACAUCGUCGAUCUUCGUCUCUGUUCGUAGAUCUAGAUUUCGAUUUGAUUAAUAUGGUACAGAAGCGUCCUCUUGAUGAUGAGCAAAUUUUUGUUUCUCUCAAGCACCCAAGACAAGUGGGACAUAGUAAAGAACUUGUUUCUUUCUCAGAAUCUGUUUUUCCUGGAGAUGUUUCCAAGCCGCAGGCUUUAGAGGAUGGAUUGGAAAGACGCAACAAUGGAGGUGAUGAGAAUGUUUCUGGUGAUGUCUAUGCUAGUCUUCCGAGAGUUGGGGAGGACAUUAAGAGCAGUGCCCCUGGCAGCUUCAUUACCUCCUCAUGGACCACCAGCACAACUCGGGAAGAAGAUCCUUUUCCCCAAGCACCAUGUCAUGGAUUUUAUUUCCCAGAGUACUUUAAUCCAGAGCGCCCGAUAAGGACUUUGGCUUCCGAGGAUAUUUAUUCUUUUCUUUUGGAUCACUCUCCAAGAAAGUCGGCCUCCAUUGGACCAGAGCAUCAAGCUGUUAUUCCACAAUGGGGAGUUGUGGACUCUGACCUUGAGAAUGAGAAACGACUGAUGGGUACUUGUGUUAUUCCGAUGCCUGAAUCUCAAUUAUCUACUGACAAUGAAUUCAUAGUUGGAAAUGGUAGAACCGAUUGCAGCUGUGAAGAUAGGGCUUCUAUCAGAUGUGUUAGGCAGCACAUUCUGGAAGCAAGAGAAAAACUUACAAAGAACGUUGGGCCAGAGAAAUUUGCUGAGUUAGGAUUUUGUGAUAUGGGAGAGCAAGUGGCUGAGAAAUGGAGCGAUGAUGAGGAAAACUUAUUCCACCAGGUUGUCUUUUCAAAUCCAGCGUCAUUGGACAAGAACUUCUGGGACAAUCUUUCAGCUGUCUUCCCCUCGCGAACAAAAAAGGAGAUUGUUAGUUACUAUUUCAAUGUCUUUAUGCUGAGGAAAAGAGCUCGGCAGAACAGAUAUGACCCAGUAAACGUAGACAGUGACAAUGAUGAAUGGGAGGGAAGUACUGUUCAUGGUGAUGAUGAACCUGGAGUGACAGAGGAUGAUGACUCAGUUAUUGACUCUCCUGGAUGUCAAGAUGAUCCUGGGUUCAAUAGAAGUUGGGGUGGUGAUAUUCAGGAGUACGAUGAGGAUGUUGUGGGUGAUACUUGUGAUAAUGUAAAUGUAGAUAUUUCUGGGAAUCUGGUUAAUAAUGGUUGUUCCAGCCCGACGGUUCAGUUUCAGAAAAACAUUGCUUGGGAUGAAAAGGGAGAUCAGGAGGUCCAAGACGAUUCAUGCACUUCCUUUGAGGCAGGUCUCACCUCCCAAGAUAAUCAGCUGAGGUCUGAAAAUGUUGCUCAUUGGGAAGUUGGUUGUUUUAAUGGGACUAGGAAGCUAGGUGACCAUGAAUAUGUUUUGGAGCCUUGUGAUGCUAAAGUUUGGGACGUUGGGUAUUCGACGUACCGGAAAAAUAAGGUGGACUUUUUACCAACUUGUAGUAUGAUUGAAGAGGUUUUCGGAAAAGAUUCUUGGAAUAAUUACAAAGCAAGAGAUGGUAAGAAGUUGAGUUAGUGUUGCUUGAGCCUGUCAAAAUGGUUGUUAAGCAGCAUUGAGGUGUUCAUAUUCCGUGAACCAUCCAAAUUUUUCCUCAGAAUUUUUUUUGCUUCUUUCUUUUUUUCUAGGUUAGUUGAGUUUUUUCGUUGAUGUACAUUUCACUCGGUGGUAAAAGGAAGCUGGCAUUCCUGUGACAUAGUGUAUCAGAAGGUGAAUCGUCUUCAUAUGUUUAGGUUGUCUUCUCUUUUCUUGUCUUAGCUAGUUUGGAAUUGGAAAGUUCCCUUCAUAGUUCAUACCUUCAUAAAGAGAUCCAGAAUUGUCAUCUCGGUAGGGUUUCCUGAACAUAUACUGAUACUGUAAGCACAACCCUCUACGGCAGUUUUUGUGAUGUAGUUUUGUAUCAUUUUGAUAAUGAGAAAGUUUUACAUAAGAUUU